AUGCAUUUAGAAACUGGCAAAGAGAAAGUUACUGAGAAUUUCAUUUUUCAAAACAAUUUGAAUGAUUUUAAAUUACCAAUCUCUUUAAAUAACCAACCAAGAGUUGGAUUAGAAGAUUCUGCUUCUUUAGAGCUUCAAGUCGUCCACCAAUCAAUCGAUAUAGCUAAAAAUUAUCAUAAUGGAGAUGUUUUACCUAUAAAAUUUACAGUCAAAAGUGCUUCGAAAGUAACAGUUACUUUCAACUUAUACAAAGGAUCAACCUUGAUCAGCUCAUCUUUGAAGGAAGAAUUCAAUGUUCAAACAACACAAUCAGAAACAAGAGUGAUUAACUAUACAAUUCAAGAUCUUAGAUCUGGAACUUAUACAUUAAAGCUUGUUGCCCAAAAUACAAAAGGUGAGUCUGCUCAAAAGACAUUACCUCCAUUUUCAGUUGAAUAUUCAACAUUCAUCCAAACACUCUUUGUCAAACCAAAAUAUUCAACAGGAGAUAAGAUUCUUAUCAAAGGUACCUUCCAGGAAGUAAGCAGUACUCAGGCAAUUUUCUUCGCAGUCAAGUUUGGUGAAGAUGGAAACGAGAUUCUCUCUCAACCCUAUAUUCCAAAUGGCCAAAGACAAGAAUUCGUAAUUGAAGCAAUUGCAACAAAAGCGGGUUUUUACAACUGCUCUGUUUACGCUAAGAUUGGUGAACUUUCAACUUCACCAUCAUAUGUCUCAAUUAUUAUUUCAGAUAGACCAAAACUUGUAGUUACACCCAAUUUUACAGGAAGUGAAUUCGAUGCAGGAUCAAAUCUUUCAUUUAGCUUACUUUUAACUGAUGAUUCCAAAGGUAAUAUCAUUUAUGCAAUCGAUGGUAAUGAAAGUUUCAUCAACUAUUCAGUUAAUGUAAAUAAAACAAUCCCAUUAUCAAUUAAUUUAGGCCAAUCUUGUCCUUACAGAAAACAACCAUACUUACUCACUAUCUACGCAAGAGAUAAAUAUGGAAUUCAAACUCCUGAUCCAAAGUAUUCAUUAAUUUUCACAGUUCUUAGCAAGCCAAAGUUAGUUGACCUCCAGAUACCAUUAAGAGCCGAUCCAGGCCAAGUUUUCAAUUUAAAUUUCACAGUUGACGACAAAGAUAACGGAAAGAAACUUUACCUUUUUGCAAAAGGUUUUGGAACAGCAAAUACCUUCCGUGAAAAGUAUGGGCCUGUAAAAUCAAACGGCCAAAAAGGUCAAAAACAUACCCUUGUAUUCAAUUAUCCAUCAGUAUCAGACCGAUAUAAUACAUCUUUCACAGUUACAAGUAGACUUGAUUUUAUUGAAACUUCAACUGAAAAUUCAGAUUCAAAUGUACUCAAUUACACAAUUCUUUCAUCCGAAGUUCCUAACUUAGAAGUUCAAUGGCCAACAGAUACAGUUUUUACUUCUGAUGAAAAGAUUGAAUUGGAUCUCACAGCAACAGAUGAUAAUAAUGGUACAAUUACAUAUUACUACAAUGGUAAUGAAUAUAACAGCGAUUCCUCUGCUCCCAGCAGAUAUGAAGCAAAAGUAAAGACACAUAUCGCUUUAUCAAUACCAUCAUAUGUCACAUAUAGAUCAGAGAAUUCUGGACUUAAUAAUUUAACAAUUGUACUUACAGAUGAUUUCGGUCUUCGAUCCCAACCUGCAACACUUAAGUUUAACAUCAGGAACAAAUUAAAUAUCACCAGUGUUAAUGUCCAGCCCUUACUUUUAAGAGAAGAAAACAAAAGCAAAGCAAUUACCUUCACAGUAUACUAUGACAAUGUCGAUCAUGGCAGAAAUAUUUCUUUGUUCAUCCAAGAAGGAACAGGACAAAUCUACCAUUGGGGUCAAAGAACCAGAAGUGGAAAGGGUCUUAUAGUCCAAGGAACACAGGCAAUAGCGUCUCACACCAACAUGAACUUCCCAAUAACAUUCUGGUUUGAAGAUGAUAAUGUUCCUGAUAGAAAUACAAAGAAUCGUGAAUCCAACAAGUAUGUUGUCUAUGUCAAUAUCACAAGAACCCCAAAUAUGACAAGUAACUGCCCAUCACCAAGGUCAUUCAAUAGCAUUGAUCCAUUAACAGUUUCAAUGCUUAUUAAUGAUGAUACUAAUGGUCAUAUCAAGUUCUUCAUUAAUAGUGAAGAUAUCAAUCAAGACUACUUUUACAACACAACAGAUGGCGUUUCAAGAAUCAACCCAACCAUUACUUUCCCACCAGGAGAUAAAUUCAAGUAUGGAAAAUACAACCUCACAUAUUAUCCUGUCGAUGAAUUCGGUGUCGAUCCAAUAGAACAGUCCAAGAAGAGGGACUGCCCAAUUGAAUACCGAAGUAAGCCAAUACUUUCAAAUUGCAGUCUGUCUAAGACACAAGCAGAUAAUGAUGAUAUUGUAUACGCUUCAGGAAAGAUUAUUGAUUAUGAUGUUGGAAAGACACUUUACAUCUUCCAGCAGAUUCAGGGCCAAAGUCCAAUGAUUAUUGGUAAUUUAACAACAGUUAAAGCUGGAGAAGUCCAGAGUUUCAACUUAUCAUUAAGGAAUAUUGUAAUGCUUACAUCUGGCUCUAAAACAAUUGAUAUUUUUGUUUGUGAUCACAACGAAACUACUGGCCUCGAUCCACUCUCAUUUUCAAACUAUUCUCACCUUACAAUCUUCAUGGCAAAUGAUCCAGAUAUAAUUGUCACCUUCCCAACAGAACAAAUUUAUUCGCCAGAUGAAACAUUUAACAUCAUAAUCAAUGUAACAGCAGAUCUUUCAGGAACCAUAAAAAUAUAUAACGCCUAUCCAUACAGUUGGUAUUCCCCACAAUCUACUAUUAAUUACAAUAAGUCUGGAAUUUAUACAGGAACAUUCAUUUGUCAAACUUCACAAUAUUCAACAAGUCAAACAGUAUAUGUUCUCGCUGUUGGCCAAAACAAUACAAAAUCUAAGAUGUAUCAAUUUCCUAUUAAAAUUAGGAAAGCGCUGAAAUUAGAUUAUGUUAAAAUGAGUUCAAGAGUACUUUCUCCAGGCGAAACUUUGACAUUGAAUCCAAAAAUUAUGUCAGGUUACUCUUCAGAUAUAUAUUACGCUACAGAUAUUUAUGUAUUUGUAAAGAUCGGAGGCACACUUUAUGACCCUGAAAAACGUCCAGAUCAUGAUGCCCCUGAUGACUAUGCUUAUUCAGUUUCUCCUCAAAUACCACUUGAUGCUAAAUCUGCUAAAAAUGUUAAAGUGGUUGUUUGGGCUCAGUAUGAAAAAGAUCCAAAGAACCCAGGUAAAAACUCUAAAUCUAAUGAAUGGACAUCCACAAUUAUAAUCACAAAGACACCAGAAGUAGAUUUCAACUUCCCAAUGGAAACACAGUAUUAUGGUUAUGAUGAUGAAUUUAGAGCCAACGUUGUAAUUUAUGAUGAUUCAAAGGGAACAGUCAAAGUUACAGCUCGUCAACGUUAUUCAUAUUAUUCAUACUAUGGAUAUGAUAAUUAUCACACAUAUACAAUCUAUACAACAUCAUAUUCAACUUCUUCUAGUGGCAGUACUACAACAGUUGAUCUUAAUUUCAAGAUCAAUAAAACAAUCAAAUAUUCUUCCUCAUUAUACAACACUCUCUAUUUCACGAUUACAGUUACUGAUGAAUAUGGCAAACAAGCAACAUCAUACGAAAAAACUUUCUAUUUGAUCAACAAGCCUGUUAUUAACAGCUUCACAUUUACAGACAAAUCUGUGGCAUUGCAAAAGUCAUACAUUUCUGCAAAAGUCACAUUUACUGACCUAGAUGUAUCUAAGUACUUAUAUUUCUAUUACUCAAUUAAUGGAGCAGAAUACAAAUAUGCAAAUGACUAUAUAACAUCAAAUGGAAAGCAACAAAUAAACACACUUCAACUUUAUAUUCCAUCUGAUGCACCAUUAGGUAUGAAGAGUAUAUCAAUCAUGAUUAAAACUAUAAGUAGUGGUAGGAAUGCAAACUCAGAAGAAUCAUCAAACUCUAUCAUAAUUACAUUCAAGCCAUCUUACACAUUAGAUAACCUUCCAGAAGAUGCACUUUAUUCAGAUGAUGGAUUAGUUCCAAUCACAGGUACAUUGAAGUGUGAUGGAUAUGCUAAACUUAUUUUAACUGUUGGUACAAUUGAACUUAAACGAAUUAUUCUCGAUCCAAAAACAUUGACAAAUGGAAGGUUCAAAGAUUCAUUUAAAGUUCCAGCUGGAUUAAGCUACGGAACAAUCAACGUUUAUUCAAAACUUGUUGAUUCUAAUGAUAAUGAAGCUACCGCGAAAUAUACUUUAUCAUUCUUGCACAAGAAUAAGCCAGUAAUUACAGAUUUGUCCUUAUACAAUGACGUAUUAUCACCAUAUGGCCCAUGGUCAUUCUCUGUAGUAUGUCAAGAUCCUGAUAAUGGCAAGAAAUUAUAUCUAUAUGGACAAAUCGGAGAUGAGGAACCACUUCUAUUCACAGAUUAUGGAGUUUCAUCAAUUGGAAGUAGUCAAACAAUCUACGCGUCCACACCAUAUGGUACAUUUACUCAGUUAUAUGGCAAACAAACAUUUAAGUUAUGGUUGUCAGACACCAAGAAUAGCACAAUCAGAACAGGUCUAGGUGUUUCUGAUAUUUUCGCGAGAACAGUUAUUUUCAGUUACGUUCCUGAUUUUAGUGUAACAUAUCCAGACUCACAUUAUUACACUAGUGGUGCCACAGUUCAAGCAAGCUACACAAUGAAGGAUGAUGGAAAAGUUACACUCAAAGUAUAUAUUGAUGAAGAAGAGAUUAAGGAUCUCGCUGAAGAUAUUGAACUUGAUAAUACAGAACGUACAGGAACUAAGAAUAUCAAGCUUCCUGAUGACUUAACGUAUGGAAAAGAACACAACAUCAUGCUAACUUAUGUUGAUCACUACGGCUUCCAACCAUUAGGAGAAUUCUUGUACUUCCAUAUUGUAAACCAACCGAACCUCACAAAGGCUUCAUUUGUCAAGCCAUUUGCUCUUCAGUCAGAAGUUAUUGAAUUUGAAGGCUAUUUCAAUGAUUUUGAUAAGGACAAAUAUCUUUAUGUUUUCGUCCAGCUUGGUGACAAACUCAUUUCAUCUGAAACACAAAAGAUCCAAUCUAAUGGAACUGCUAACCAAAAGUUCCAGUUCGGUUAUGAGAUCCCAGGAAAUGAAUCUAUUGGAAACAAAACAGUUACAAUUUGGAUGUUAGCUGAAUCUAACUAUUAUCCAUCAUUAGAUCCACUAUUGAGUUCCAACAAGGUUGAAUCAGUUCUUUUCAUCACAUACAAACCAUCUCUUUCUCUUAAACCAAUUGUUAAGAAUAUUUACAACGAUGGCGAUCAGAUCACCAUCAUUGGUUCAAUUAGAGCCAACUCCAAUGUCAAUAUGCACUUCAUGAUUGACUCAGUUCUUCUCAAUGAUACAAAGAAGAUCACAGUCAGCGAAUCUCCACAAGAAUUCGAAGUCAAGGUUGGUAUUCCAGUCAACUUCAAGCAUGGCAAGCAUAAAAUGAAUGUUUGGGCUGUCGAUGUUAGUGGACAGAACACAAGCAACUUCGCUCUUGACUUCAACAUCCAAAAUCCACCAAAGCUCCUUAGUGUCAGCGUUGCUAAGGACAGAGUUAGAGUUGGUGGUAAACUGAAAGUUCUUGGUACAGUUCGUGAUCCAGAUGUUGGAAACAAUAUCUCAUUCAUAGUCAGUAUUGAUGAAGGAAAACAAGAACCGUCUUACACUCUUCAAUCUGACUCCACAGUUCAAGACUUCUCAUUUGUCUACCAGAUUCCACAAUCUCUUGAAGUUGGAGAUCAUCAGCUCACACUUUUAGCUAUUGACACAGAUAAUCUCGUAUCUUCUCCAGCAAUUGUUCAGUUCACUGUUUACAAGUCAUCUGUUAAUGAUCCAGAGAAUCCUAAUGAUCCUGAUGAAACAGGUGGAGACAACGCAGAUUCUAAGAAGGCCAAUACAAAGAAGAAGAAUAACGGUAAUGUUGGUUUGAUUGUUGGUAUUGUUAUUGUUGGUAUUAUCUUAUUAGUUCUUUGUGUCUUGGCAGUUAUCCUCUUAAUCCAAAGAAAGAAGAAUUCCCAUCCAGACUCAGCCAGUGAUAAUUCUGAUAUAGAAGAACGUGAAACACAAAUUUCUACUAACAUCAGCUUAGAAGAAACAGCAACCAAAGAUAAUCCAUUGUUCUCAUCAGAGACAAUCACACAGAACAAUGAUCCAUUCUCUGAUGAAUUCGAAGAAAGUCAGAAACCUUAA